AUGGAAAAAUUGGUGACAAUCCCAGGAAAUGUCAUUACGGCAUUGUCCAAAACACACCCACUGUACCAAAACGAUAAAGCAAUUCUGUCCGAAGAAGCAGCAGAUUUGAUCGCAAGCACAGUCGAGUUUAGACUGAAGCAGAUAUUAGACGUGGCAAAGAGGUUGUUAAAUAAUUCAAUGAGACAAAUCAACUCGAAUGUCCUGACACCGCAAGAUAUUAGGAAUUCUCUAAUAUCACUCAACAUGCCAGAAUUGGACGGAUACAGUAAUAGCUUUGAUUACAGAUAUGUUUGGGCAACAAAGUUGUUUAAAGGAGAUAGAGUAAUAAAGAGGGAGUCUUCGUAUAGGACCUCAGUGGGAGAUAAGAGCUGGGGACGUUAUAGACUAUCACAACUGGUGAAACAAGAUCUGCAAAAACCUGUCCCAUCGCCUUCAGGAGUCACAGUGUCCUGGUCAGUUGUGGGAGGGAUUGUACCCCUGAUGGCAACAGGAAUGGUGGAAGAUGUUACGUCAUCGUUUUUAAAAACAACAACAAACCUACAAAUCAAGGAGAAAAUCAAGGAAGUUUCAUUUUUAGAUUAUGCAGAAACAGAAGAAAAAUUGGAUAAAAUAACGGCUCUGGCAAAGGAAAUCAAACCACUGGAAUCAGAUUUAACACGACAACUGGGAAGUGAUUACCUGGAUCAGGCGCUUUUGGAUGCAAUAAAUAAACAGUUAAUAAGUGAUAGGAGUUUGUCCAAAACACAAAAAUUCGUCAUACCGAAAAUAGACUAUAUUCUAACAAAGGAACACCGAUUCUUCCUUAAGGAAAUAAAGAAUAUGCUAAAGAGAGCAUCAUUUUCCCAGGAACCGGAUAUACAAAUCCAAUAUAAAAAAGUGGUUGAAAUUUUGAGAAAUUCGCUUGGGCUUGACCAGCUCCUCCCAGAAUUGUGCCACUUGUUCAUAAACGAGAUCAACAGACUCAAGACUGACCACUCCUCCUUUAACAUCCAUGUCCUCCUGCAAUAUGUUGAAGCACUAACUACUAAUCAGAAUAUACAAAUACACCACUAUGUACAUCAACUGUUAAUUCCACUUUUGCAAGUGUUGCUGUCAUCAGAAAUGGACACAAAUCCCAUACAAAUAUAUAAAUCGCUAUUGUUACGCAAAUUAUCGUCACAGUGUAUAAGUAAUAUAAGUUCUAGCCUAAAGAAAAAUAAUAACGGACUAGAAAGUAUAGACGACUAUUUAAUGAAUUUAUAUAAAAACGAACUCACAAAUGAAAACUGCUCACUGCCGGUUCUUUAUGGUGCCCUAUGCGGCAUAUCAAAAUUACCACUUGUAGCCAAGAGGAUAGUGUUCUACCCACUUGUGCCGUUGCUUCUAGCAGUGGUUUUAAAGAAACAGAACAAACUUAAAGUUUUUUGGCAAAAUAGGCAAAAGCAAAGACUAAAGAACUUCAAACAGAUAUUAUUGCACGAAAUACUCCACCUAUUACUGGAAAUUAUUUACGACUGUUCAUUUGAAGAUAUAUUAUCUACACUGGAAGAGACAGGACAAUUGCUGACAACAUCAUACGAAGCCAACACCAUGGUUAACGAGAUACUGAUGGGGUCAGUAAACUCGAGUGUUAACCCGGAAUUAAUACUGCAAGUUUAUGCGGCAAUGCUAAACAAGUGCUACACACUAUUGGACUCACUAAACACAAAUAAACAAUUCAAGAGGAAAUAUUUUCAAAUUUCAGAUACUAACGAUUCAGAAGACCAAAACAAUUCUGAUGAAACACUGCCUGAAGUGAAGAACAUUCAAAGUUACUUCAAGUUACACAGAAGGGCUAACCCAGGUAUGGAAGACGGUCCCGAUUCUGAAGACACUCCGGACGUCUCUGGUCCAAACGUUAAAUUUUUUGAUAGCACCAGAGUUUGGUAUAACUUAAACAGCAUUCACUCACUAACUUUAACAAUUUAA